CCCAACCAAGCCCCUCGUCGAUCGGUCGCGUUUAUUCGCUCAUUUUUUGCUCUCAGCCGGCCGACCGCACGCCGUGAGGAACCCGCGUAACCUCACAGCGCCGAGCUGCAGCGCGGCCGCCGCCAGGUGGUGCCGCAGCGCCGCGACAGACGGCCGCGAGUGGACGGCGGGCGGGAACGGGGCCGCGACCCGAGGCCGUGGCAGCGCCCUGUCCGGGGACGGCGUUCACGUCCUUCCCGGUGGCGGAUGGCGUCGCGCUUUGGAUUCGGGGCGAGAAUAACGCCGACGUCGCAGAGCGGAGCUGCGCAGAGUUCAGCUUCUCGAAGCGCCCUGCCGGGAGAGGCGGCAGUUACUAUUUCUUCAACUGCAGAAAAAGUUGUGUACCUUGUGAUUUUCCAUCUGUCAUUUGUCAUGUUUGUAUGGUCCUAUGGGAAGACAAUUUUCACAUCUCCUGCAUCCCCCUCCAAUGAGUUCUGCUUGUCAAAAGCUGAUAAAGAACAAUAUGAAAAAGAAGAGAGACCAGAGUCCCAGCAGGAGAUUUUGAGAAGAGCUGCUAAAGACUUGCCUAUCUAUACGACAACAGCAUCAAGAGCCAUCAGAUACUGUGAUCGAUGCCAGCUAAUCAAACCUGACCGCUGCCACCACUGUUCUGCAUGUGACAUAUGUGUACUAAAAAUGGACCACCAUUGUCCAUGGGUGAAUAAUUGUGUGGGAUUUUCUAACUACAAAUUCUUCCUCCUGUUUUUAAUGUAUUCCUUACUGUACUGUCUGUUUGUUGCUGCUACAGUCUUGCAGUACUUCAUAAAGUUUUGGACAAAUGAAUUGCCAGAUACCCAUGCAAAAUUCCAUGUACUCUUCCUUUUCUUUGUGGCAGCCAUGUUCUUCAUCAGCAUACUGUCACUCUUCAGUUACCACUGCUGGCUAGUUGGCAAAAACAGAUCAACAAUAGAAACAUUCCGCGCACCCACAUUUCGAAAUGGCCCUGACAAAAAUGGCUUUUCUCUUGGAUGCAGCAAAAACCUGAGGGAGGUUUUUGGAGAUGAAAAGAAGUAUUGGCUGCUCCCUAUUUUUACCAGUUUGGGCGAUGGGUGUAAUUUUCCAACUCGCUUGGUGAUUAUGGAUCCAGAGCAGCUAACUGUCUCAAGCCAAAAUGAACCUGCCAAAAGCUCUGGAGCCAAUCAGCCCUUUCCUACUCGACCACUCAGUGAAUCAAAAAAUCGAUUGCUAGCCAGUGACAGUCAGUGGGUAGAAAGUGGCCCUGAAGAUGAAAAUGUUAAAUCAGGUACAAAAAAGCAUAUUAUAGUUUCAUUGGAAAGCUGAUCUCAGCUUAUUACUAACCAACCAUCUCAGUGAGAAACAGGUUUCUGCAACACAUUUUGUGCUUGAAUGUUACUUAAUUUUGUUUGGAAGAUUUGAUCAGUAAAAAAUGGAACAUGAGCAUUUUAUGAGGAGACAAGAAAUUGAAGUUUCUGCACAGUCCAAUGGAUUCUUGUAAGCACUAUUUGCAGAGCAGGGAAGUUCAGACAGAUGCCUUAAGAUUCUUCAUGUGCAUUUAUGCAGCACUGAAUUAUAUACUGCUACCAAAGGGCCAAAUCCUGAAGUGCCCUGCUUGGAUGCACAAGGUCCAGAGUGGGAACUAUGCAUUUCUGUUAUGCUGCAGUGGCAGGGACUGCUACCUCCCCACGGGCAAACUUCAUACCUUAGGCACUGCAGAAGUCACUUCCGUAGCAAGCCUCAAGGAUACAGAAAGAAGAAAAAAGGAUGGAGAGGAGGAGAGCUUGACUGAUGAGUCUGAAGUACAGCUGUUCACAGCUCAUAUACCAGCUGGUGGGAAAGGAAGGUGCUGGAUGACAUGUUCAUGGUCAUAGCUAUGUAAGUCUUUCAGGACUGAGGAUUCCUUCUGCUGACUGUGCUAUGGAACAAAACAAUGCCAACAAAGUAAAAGCCUUUUACUUGGCAUUAUUUUUUUUGCUAUCAGAUUGAACCCCCUCAUCCUCCUAACUUGACCAUUUAACUAUAUCAAGAACAUAGCUCAAAGAAGUGAACUCUUUUAGUUGAUUAAAAACAUGGUUUAUUGUUUUUCAACAAUUUCCUAUCAACGUAAGAAAAUCCAAUUGAAAAAGGAAUUAACAAACUGUUACAUUUUCUGUUAAUGUUUGCAGUGUUCUGUAUGAGGCAGUAACAAAAUGGCAACGUACCCCUGAGAAAAAUCCUAGUGCAGUCACAUGUUGUUAGAAAAUGGAACUGGAAGCGUACUGCUUUUUAUAUGGGACUCUUGAUGGUUUAUAAAUACUGUUUUAUACUUUUGUUUUAUCUUUUUAAUAAAAACACAAGUUUUUAUUGGUUCUGAAGUACCAUUUAAACAAAUUUCAAGUACUUAUGAGAAAGUUAGUGUUGGAUCAUGCACUCGUGUUAACACACCAAAACUCUGUAUGCUGUCUGCUUCGUCUGCCACUUUCAAGUCGAUUUUAAGUGAUGCUGAACUGCUAAAGAUGAGUGCUUUGCUCAGUGAUGUACCAUGUUCACAAAAGGCAAAACAUGUUUCCUGUGUUGAGGAAUAAAGUCCAACUAAGCUCAAGACCUACAGCAAAUAUGGUUUUUCUUUUCCUCCUACUGCACUAUAGAGAACGCUGUUAAUUCGUCUUUUGAUGUUCCUGGCAUUUUGCACAUGACAAAAGUGAAAAAUACCAUUCUGUGGUCUGAAGCUUUUCUGAUGUUCAGCUGAUGCUGAUUACUGAUAGUCAUACGCCUGUUUGAUAGAAACUGAAGGUGGUAGCUAUGUUGAUGAUCUGAACAAAAGGAACUCAUUUGGUUUCUUUGCCAGAUUGAUCACUACUUUUCCCCAUCAUUGACAUAUUGGAGUUACUUGGGUAUCAAGUAUAUUCUAAGGUUUAAAACAAAUAUUUUCUUUGUCUUUGAUAUUUAGGAAAAAGUAUUUUUUCCAGUCUUCUAGAACAGAAGCACUUCAGUGACCUAUGAGCAUAUUAUGGUCAUUGUCAGAUACUGCUGAGACAGAACUGAAGGCACAAACCUGCAUGUUUUGUAGAAAUUGCAAAAUGUUCUUCCAGCUUUGUAUGAUAAAUAUUGCAUUUGCCAGUUUUCAAAGAAAAAACAUGUGCUGUGCAUUAAUAUGAAAGGUUUCACUUUUUCUUCUCAAAUGUCAAGUGAAAAGCACUCAUCUAAAUAUAAGUUUUCAGGAAUACUGACAUGUUGAACUUAUAGGGAGAGAAUGCAUCAGCAAAAUUUCUUGGGGAAGAGGAGGGAGACGCAAGCCUGAGCUCAGUUUUCUCAUUCUAAGUACCUAAAUGUGCAGCCCAGAACGCCAGUAGAAUUGUAAUGGAGGACCCUGGAUAUCAUCUUUCUUUUACUGGAUCAUUGUAUCACAGCAGAGGUAACAAACACAUCUACAGUCAUCUAGCAGAAGUAGAAGGAAUAUUGCUCUCUAAUAGCAUAAAUCUCAGAGGAACAGCCUCCGUCCUCUUUCUCCUCAGCUCUUCCAGGUGUUCAAUUUACACCUACGUGAAUGGUGUGUACUAUAAGCUAACAUCAGUGUAACAUUUGCUUAAGUCAGGAUAGUUAAUCUACAGAAAAAAAAAAUGCAAGUAAACAGACUGGGCUGAAUCCGUGCGUGUUUUCUAGCAAGGUGCCGUGUGCUUUGGUUGUCUUGAGAGUUCUGAUCUGACAGCUCCAUAGCCAUAAGCAAGGGCAUCCUGUGCUGUAUCAAAGCAGAGUGGGAUACUCUCUGGCUUGCUCUCUCUUUUUGCCUAAAUGCAACCUUGGUGAGGACAAAAAGCUGUUAGACUGUUAAGCUGUAAGCAGACUACUGCUAGCUGGGCUCUGUAGGAGCACGCUAGGAUGUCCUUUCAGCCCACAUCCAUGCACUGAGUCGCUGCACGCUGCCAGUGAGAGGAGCUGACCUGCCUGGUCAGGAGGCAAGAAGGGAAGACAGACAGAGUGCCGGGUCAUGAGGUACAUGCUGUUUCUGUGCUUUAAGCUGCUGUGUGUCAGCAAGUCUUGAAAAUACUUACGUUUGUCACUAAAAAUAACAGUGCUUAAGCUUUUAAAUCCCUCAAAAUAACUGCUAGCCAUGAGUAGCAUUGUAGUGACUGUAGCAUAGUUGACACUGGCUGCAAUCAGAAGCUAUGCUUUGGUAUUUCCUAAAGCUUUAUUUUCUUUUAUAAAAAUCCACACAAUGGUCACAAACACAAAAUGGCUUAAACUCCCAAUGUGAGGACAGAAGUGUGACGCAGGAUGAGGUUACAGUGUUUUCUCUUUGAAGAUUUAGAAAUGUCAUGAGUUGAUAAAGCUCUCCCUGUAAAGACGGCAGAUGCAUAAAUAGAAAGGAAAACUUUAAACUAUUUUUAAAACCUCAAAAAAUAUUUUUUUUCUGAAUAUUGGUUUAUUUACAGACUGUGAAGGUGCACAUAAGUGCAGUUCUUACCAAACGUGUAUUAUUGGCAGAAGGCAGGAUUGUGUUAGGUUUCUCUAAUAACUGACAAGUUGGAUGCAUCCUAACCUCUUGAUUGAAAACUUCCAUUUCAAAUAUUCAGGGGUUUAUAUCCAAGGAAGCUCUGGCACUUUUACUCAUUGGAGUAGAGAAAUCACAGUAACAUCUUUGUUAAACCUAUGCUUUGAACCUGGAAUGUACGGGUACCAAGCUGCUUUUGGCAUACCAUCUAGAAACUGGGCAUCCAGAGUGUUAAAUGUCACUGUUUCUCAGGUACUGUUAAUUCUCUCAUUUGAUCUUGCAUGGCUUUUCUUUCUUGUAAAUAAUCUUUUGGGGUUUGGGAAGUUUUCAUUAAGUUCAGUGCUAUUCACUCAAAGUUCUUAAUUCGUUGUAGUUUGAAGUUUGACCAGUUGUAGCUCACCAGAGCCCCAAGAGGAGGAAAAGGAACUAGCAGGAUCAGUGUCUGUGGCACACGUACCAAGAGAUGCAUCAACUCUCCACAAAAAUGAGAAAGAUCUGCCUAGAUCUGGAGCACUGAUUGAAGAAAUUCAUUUAGAAUUAAAAAACAAAAAACAAAAAACAAAAAAAAACCACACACAUUUUGAGCUUCACAGUUUAUGUUCUGUAGCUAAAACAAAACAGAAUUGAAGGAUUCAGGUAUGAAGAGUCUCCGAAUAGCUAUUCUAACACUGAGUGUAGAUCAAGAUCGCAUUUUUCAUAUUACUUAAAAAAAAAUAAGUAGCUGGUAUCUAAUGUAAGAGGAUCUUCUAUCUCUAAAUGGCACCAAAGAGAGCAGCUGCAUAUAAGGUUACUUGUUACAAUACUGAGCACAUACACUAUCUUCAUUUCUAUCAAUUUAUUUUGUACAUAUAGACAGCUUUUUGUUUGUAUUUUUCUUAAUUACAUAACUCAUGAAAUUGAAUGAAACAAAGUUGUACUUAGUGCUGAUUCUGAUUAAAACUGGUCUUUCACUGUUU